UCUGAGCAAAAACAUUUAAACGAACCGCAGCGGCAACUCGGUCAACCAUGGCCAGUCAAUGCCGAUGACCCCACCACCGAGAUUAGGAUUGCAAGGUCCACCCGGAAGUGGCACGGUUUUCAAGUACUUGUAUGAGAAUAUCAUACGACUUUAUAUUAGAUAAGACUUGUUACCCAACAUUUAGCUAUACCUAGCUAUUUAUGUUACCUCGGGUACCGGUAGUCUGUUAACCGCGGUAGAACCAUAGGUAGCAAAACCCAGGUAUCUUCUUGAGAAGAAUUGUAAGAGGAAGUGCUUAGGUGAACUUGAAGUAUGUGUCAGCGUAAAAAGAAGCAGAAUGGCUUUAUACUGCCUUUCCACAGGGCACCAUCAUACCUUAGAACCAAUCCUUAUAUUAUGAAAGGAUAUAGGGUGAACCUUUCUACGUCACAGUGUUUUCGUAGUGUCUUAUGGUGGACCAAUGAAACACUUAAUAUUUGGUCCCAUAUCGCAGGAUUUCUUGUCUUCCUUGGACUCUUUAUAUAUGAUGUUACUGUAAUAUAUCAUAAAUAUCAUGGCACGGAAGAUGAUGCAGUUGUAGCAUCCUUUGUCUUGAUAUGUUUUAUGAUGUGUAUGUUGUUGUCUUCUCUGUACCAUACCUUAAAUUGCAAUUCGGAAGAAUCUUGCAUGAAGUGGCUUGCAUAUGAUAUCUUUGGGAUAUCUGCUUCAUUUUUGGCAAUAUUUCUGAGUGGCAUUUAUUAUGCUUUUUGGUGUCCAGAGUUCUUCAUUCAUCGCAUAAUGUACAUGUGUUUGGUGUUUGUCCUGUUUGCAGGAGCAAUGGUGAUGCUUUUGACACCAAAGUUCAUGGGAGCAGAAUGGGAAUGGGCUCGAGUUGCACUCUUUACUGGUUGGGCUGCUUCUGGCGUAUUACCUACUUUGCACUGGCUCUAUCUUUACUAUGGGGCUGAUAGCAACAUAGUUUCGGUUUUUCUACCUCGCAUUAUGAUGAUGUAUAUCAUUAGUGGGUCUGCAGCAUUUGUUUAUGUGUUCAAGAUUCCUGAAAGAUAUUUUCCAGAGAGAAAUCUGCAAAUACGCGAGUCAGCGAAUCCGAAGUCCGCGAAUACGGGCUUCACUGUAUAACUAUAGCUGGACGGCUACAGCAAAAAUUGAAUACUUUGCCAAAAAUGGUAAAUAACAUCCAAAAACUGAUAAUAGAAGACUACAGAAACCACUGAUGGUUGUUGGGAGCUGGCAGAAAAUGAAUUUAAGUUCUCUGCUUAGUUGUUCUUCUUGGUCGCUGAAAGUGCACAGAACGUGUUACCUGAAGAAAACAACUGAAGCGCUUCCGUGAAUUUUGAAUUUUUAAACUGCCUUGGUAGGAAGCUUAUAGCUAUGUAAUUACUUGGUAAGUCACAUAUAUAAAAGUUAAAUGUAGCAUCAUUUUAGUUAAUAAUAUUGUCUUGUAAUAAAUACCUUAAAAUCUGGUAACUUGUAAUUUUUUUGCAUGACAAGAAAUCUUCAUAAAGUAUGUUUAAAGUAUAAUUAGCCUUAUUAUUUUUAUUAUUAUUAUUAUUAGUAGUAGUAGUAGUAGUAGUAUUGUUGUUGGGAAGUAGACCUUUCAAAAAAAUUUUGCUGGAAAUUAUGGCUGAUUCAGCUGUGUUAAUUUUUUAAAGGGACUGUCUCAAGUCUCUGUUGUUGACUUUCCAGUAUGUAUUGCUUAGACUGCCAAGCAAUGUGGAUUCAGAGGACAAUUAUUAUUCAGCAUGAGUAAUACAUCAAUCUUUUUUCUCUCUCUCUCUCUCUCUCUCUCUUGCUAUUUCUUGCUGUUUUCUUCUUGCUACGUUCAACUCAGGCUCUGCUGGUUAUCUUCCAGGCAAAGGUUGGAGUUGGACUGAUGCUCUUGGGAGUCCUACUGUGUUUUAUACCAGUAUAGUGCCUGUGGGGUGCAACUAGAUGCUGAUUUUUGGUUGGCUGCAACUGAGAACUGUCUGCUAUUGGCUGCUUACUCGCUGCCUCAAGACAGUUCCUGGAGUUGAUGGUGUGUCUGGCAUGGCCUUGAUGAUCAUAAUACUCAGUUGACAUGAUGGGGAGCUGAAUUUUCAAUGGUUCUUUGCUCUAUGACAUCAUUCAUGGUGUUGCUGCCAGUGUUUCCUUCAUCGGGGGAGUCAUUUUCGGAAAUAUUGGCGGUAUUGUUGCUGGUACGUAUUAGUAUUUGUUAAUACCAUUGAUCCUUGGGUUAGGUUCUGCCUUAAGCUCAUGGGAAGGAGGAGGGCUUCUUACGUCAUGGUUAGGGAGGCUUUUUUUUUCUCAAAAUGAAUGGUGCUUCCAGCAAGUGCAGAUGUCUUGGGUAGGGGCACCUCCGAGGAAUGUAGUAUUGCUGACAAUAUUAUCUUGGGAAGGAAUCUAGUUGUGGCUGGUGAGGGCAUGGCCCCCUCCUAUGCAUGGCACGAGAUUCUCUUUGCAAGUCGCAUCAUAGUCAUUCCAAUAUAAGUUCUUGGGCACCCACGGAAGGGGCAUUGGUACUGAAUUCCACGGUGUAAUUCAGCACACUGCACUGCUGGAACAUGCUACAAAGGGUUGCAACCUCAUCCUUGCUGCCUGCUUUCAUGAUGUCUUCGAUGCAUCAUAUAUUUCGGGGGGGGGCACAGGAACUGCUCAAAGACCCUCUCCUCCAUGAUGCCCAUGUAAAAGUUUGCAAAGUGCACUUGUAAUGGGGAGCCCAUAGCAAUGCCAUCCUGCAUGUACAUGUGGCCUCUGUGGGUGGAGAAUGGGGCCCCUCUUGUCCAGAUAUCUAGGAGGGCACGAAGGACGCCUCAGGAAUAUUAAGGAUGGGUGUCGACGAAUCCUGGUAGAUGUGAUUGAGGAUCAAGUUAUGGUUUCAUUGACUGGCACGUUCAUGAAUAAAGACUCGACAUCCAAGGAAGCGAUAGUGCCAGAACCAAGGAAUUCUUGAAUUGCUUCUAAAAUUAUUAUGAUGUUAUAUUUUAUUUUAUAUUUUAAACAAGUUUUAUUGAAAAGAGUGGUACCAUCAGUGGAACUGAUGAUGGUGGAACUGAUUUUGUACAAGUACAAGGUCUUUUCCGUUCUUACUAUUCUCAUUUCUUUAAGGCUGAUAUCUGCUGAGAGCUGGCCUUUCCUCUUAUCCCGGUUAUGUACAUUGGCUAGCUCUUCGGAGAUAUCGCCUUUGAAGAAAAGAGAAUACUGUUGUUAGAUGAACUGAAAAGACCUUGUAUAAAACCAAUGAAGCUGAUGCUGCCAUUCUUUUUAACAAAACAUUUUAUUAUUAUUUAUUAUUAUGAAACUUUCAAUCUCCUUCAUGGUUUCUCUCCAUGUGGAGCAGUGUAUAAGGGCAUGACGGAUGAGGGCAUCCACCACAGACCUUUUAUACCUGUGUAGAAAUUGACAUGCUGUCAGUCUGGCUGUAUAAAUUGGCAAUGGAAUCCCUGCAGGGCUGCCAGAUUUUCUUUACCAACUUAUCGUACUGAUUAUUCAAAAUUAUUGUUUUUCACCAAAAUUAUCACAAAAUAUAUUGUAUGCAUGUGAAAAACUAUCAUAUCUUUUAUCAUUACACUCUGCUCUACAGUAAUCAACAACAUUUCUUGGUAUCAAAAUAAAUAAAUGUAUAUAUUUUAUACAUUUAUUAUAGUAAGGCAAAAAUAGUAUGAAACAAACUCUUCUGAUCUCUUUAUAAAAAAAAAACUAUGACAUUUUACAGAGAAUAAACAUAUGAAGCUGAAACCCUAUAACCCCACAUCAUACAUAGCAAAAUAGUAAACCAAAAUUAAAGAAAAUGUUCUUUACCAGAAUUAAAGAAUAAGUUCUUUACUUUAGGCUACAUUGUCAUACUGCUGUGAACAGUUUUUUAAACGUCUAAGCAUGUAUUUGGAUGGCGUAAACUUAACACAGGACUCCUGGCUUUUGAUACACUCAGAGGCCAACAAAGCACCUUUAACAGUUUGUGUAUUUAAACUAUUACUUAUUUUUGUCUUAAAAAGAUUUACUCUUACUGAACACACACUCACAUUCAGCAUUUGAGUGGGGAAGACUGACCACACACACAGCAAAAUUUGCCAGUUCAAAGAAGUUAUCCCCAUUCUGUAAAACUUUCACCCAGAAUUUAUCUACUGACAAUAUAUCAUCAAUACGCAGUAUAUCUUUGAAUGCUGGUAACAUUCUCCAUUGAUCAUCAAUUUUCUGUAUUAGUGAACAAUUAAAGUAAGUUCAACUAUGAGAGAGUAUAAAGAGGGGGUUGAUUUUCUAAAGGAAUUAGACUGCAUUUUCAGGUGUUAAGCAACACAGCUUGGAGAUCACACUGUCCUUAAAAUCAUACCUUUUCUUGAUCUCCACACAUGCUAUUACUAUUAUUAUAAAAACUAGUCAAUUUAGAUUUAUAUUCAUUUGGAUUUAUUUUUUCAAGUUCUUUACGUACCCCCAGUCCAAGAUACAACUCACUAUCCCUAAGGUAUUUAUCUUGCCUAGAAGGAUCAACUGUCUCAAGAUCUGUCUUUACACUAAUGUACUCUUUCCAUGACUUUGCAUACAAUACUGUGAUUACUGUUUUAUCAGACUGAAAAUAUGUAUUGAAACUUGUGAAUUUUGGCAAAAUCCAUUCAAGAAAAAGGAAAUAGGACUAAAUGAAGGGAUUUUGAAGAUCAUGAAAUAUAAGUUUGGCUGAUACCACCUUCUCAGAAAACCAAAUAUCUCUAAAAUAAUUGAGUAGAGGUUGUGAUGAAAUAUGCAUGGUACUAGUACAAUUAGCCUGCCUAUCGCAAUAAUCUCAAACACAAUUAUCUACAAAUCUUAAGGGAAAUGAUCACUUUACAUUUUCAUCAUUUUCAAUUGGAAACAUUUAAUCUUGAAAAAAAAAUGCCAGAAUUAUUGCAUAAAAUGUGAUAGUUGGAGCUGGUAUCGUACCAGAGGCAGUUUAAUCGUACAUAUGCGAUAAUUAUCAAACAAAUGGCAGCCCUGGAUCCCUGUUGGGGGUUCUAUUUCCAAUUUCUACAUGAGUGUUGCAGAGGAAGGAAUUUUCUAAUAAGAUCCCUUCACUCCUUAAUACCACCUUUUUUUUUUUGUCUGUCUGUCUGUCACAGUCCUCCAAUUUGACUGGGUGGUAUUUCUAGUGUGGGGUUCCGGGUUGCAUACUGCCGCCUCCUUAGGAGUCCAUCGCUUUUCUCACUAUGUGCGCCGUUUCUAUGAUCACAGUCUUCUGCAUGAGUCCUGGAGCUACUUCAGCCUCUAGUUUUUCCAGAUUCCUUUUCAGGGAUCUUGGGAUUGUGCCUAGUGUUCCUAUUAUUAUGGGUACAAUUUCCACUGGCAAAUCCCAUAUCCUUCUUAUUUCUAUUUUCAGGUCUUGAUACUUAUCCAUUUUUUCCCUCUCUUUCUCUUCAACUCUGGUGUUCCAUGGUAUUGCGACAUCAAUAAGGGAUACUUUCUUCUUGAUUUUGUCUGGUCUAUUUGCACGUAUCACCCUAUUUGUUCUGAUACCAUAGUCCAAGAGGAUCUUUGCCUGAUCGUUUUCUAAUACUCCUUCAGGUUGGUGCCCGUACCACUUACCACUGCAAGGUAGCUGAUGUUUCUUGCACAGGCUCCAAUGGAGGGCUUUUGCCACUGAAACAUGCCUCUUUUUCUACUGGUUCUGUGCAAGUGCCGGACAUUUGCUUGUUAAUGUGGUUUAUGGUUUCAUUUUUCGUAUUGUGUUUCCUACAUAUGGGAGAGAAGUUAUUUCCAUCUAUCGUUCUUUGAACAUAUCUGGUUCUUAGGGCCUGAUCUUGUGCCGCUGUUAUCAUUUCUUCAGUUUCCUUCUUAGCUCUCCCCUCAGUAGCCAUUGCCACAUGUCUUUGUUGCCUAAUUCUUUAGUCUGUCUCAUGUAUUGUCUGUGCAUUGGUUUGUUGUUAUUAUUAUUAUUAUUAUUAUUAUUAUUAUUAUUAUUAUUAUUUAUUAUUAUUAUUAUUAUUAUUAUUAUUAUUUAUUUAUUUAUUGGUCUAUCACAGUCCUCCAAUUCAACUAGGUGGUAUUUAUAGUGUGGGGUUCCAGUUAUUAUUAUUAUUAUUUUUUCAAUGUAUCACUGUUAUCCUAUUUAACGGGUGGAUUUUAUAGUCUGAUGUUCCGGGUUGUAUCCUGCCUCCUGUUGCUAGUAGCGCACUCUCUUGUAUGAGUUCUGGUGCUACUUCAGCAUAAAAUUUUUCUAGGUUCCUUUUCAGAAAUCUUGGGAUUGAGCCUAGUGUUCCUAUGAUUAUGGGUACAGUUUACACUGGCAUAUCCCAUAUCCUUAUGUCUAUUUUCAGAUCUUGAAACUUAUAAUAAAUUUUUUCUCUUUCUUUCUCACCUCCUCUGGUGUCCCAUGGUAUUGCGACAUCAAUGAAUGAUACUUUCUUCUUGAUAUUGUCAAUCAAUGUCACAUCCGGUCUAUUGACAUGUAUCACCCUAUCUGUUCAGAUGCCAUAGUCCCUGAGGAUCUGUGCCUGAUCGUUUUCUAUCACACUCUCAGGUUGUUGUUCAUACCACUUAUUACUGCAAGCUAGUGGGUGUUUCUUGCACAGGCUCCAGUGGAGAGCUUUUGCUUCUGAAUCAUGCCUCUUUUUGUACUGGUUCUGUGCAAGUGCCAGACAUUUACUUGCCAUGUGGUUUAUGGUCUCAUUCUUCAUGUUGCACUUCCUGCGUAUGAUUGAGCUGUUAUUUCUAUCUGUUGUUCUUUGGACAUAUCUGGUUCUUAGGCCUGAUCUUGUGCUGCUUUUAGCAUUCCUCCCAUUUCCUUCUUGAGUUCUUCCUUCUGUAGCCAUUGCCAUGUUUUAUUGCUGGCCAGUUCUUUAGUCUGUCUCAUGUACUGUCUGUGCAUUGGUUUGCUGUGCCAUUCCUCUGUUUUGUUUUUCAUUCUCCCCUCUCUUUAUGUCUGGGUUUUCGUCUUUUAUCAGUCCUUUCCAUGCACUGCUUAGCCACUCAUCUUCACUGGCUUUCAGAUAUUUCCCCAGUGCUCUGCUCUUAAUGUUGAUGCAGUCUUCUAUGCUUAGUAGACCUCUCCCUCCUUCCUUUCGUGUUAUGUAUAGUCUGUCUGUAUUUGCUCUUGGGUGUAGUGCAUUGUGUAUUGUCAUGUGUAUCCUAGUUUUCUGGUCUUUGCUGCAGAGUCCAGCCUUCGUCCAUGCCACUACUCCUGUGCUGUAUCUGAUUACUGGUAAUGCCCAUAUAAUUAUGGCUUUCAUCAUGUUUCCAGCAUUGAGUUUUGACUUGAGUAUUGCCUUACGUCUCUGCAUAUAUUGUUUCCUGAUUGUGUCUUUCAUAUCUUGGUGUUUUAUAUCUUCUCCCUAUCUCCUAUUCGAUCCUAUUAUUCCCAAGUAUGUGUAUCCUGUCUCGUCUUUGUGUUUGAUGCUAUUUCCGUCAGGUAGCUUUAUCCCUUUAGUCCUUGUCACUUUUCCUUUUUGUAUGUUGACCAAGGCACAUUUUCCUAAUCCAAACUCCAUCCAGAUGUCCCCAGAUACUAUUCUGGAUUAGGAUAUCUAUUUCCUUGAUGCCCUUACCUUACAGCUUGAUGUUGUCCAUGAAAAUCAGAUGGUUAUUUCGUUUGUCUCCUUUCUUGAUUUGGUAUCGAGCAUCCAUCUUCUACAGUACUUUUGUCAUGGGAAUCAUGGCUACUAGAAAGAGUAUUGGAAACAGUGAGUCUCCUUGAAAGAUCCCUCUCCUGUUGUUAACCUCUGCUAGUCUUAUCCCAGAACUUGUAAGUACUGUAUUCCAGUUGCACAUUGUAUUUUUUAGGAAGCUGAUGUUUUCCUCUGCCACAUAUAUUUUCAGGCAUUCUGUUAGUCAUAUGUGCAGUAUCACAUUGAAGGCUUUCUUGUAGUCAAUCCAUGCCAUGCCUAGGUUGGUUCUCCUUCUCUCAGUAUUCUUCAUUAACAUUUUAUCUAUCAGGAACUGGUCUUUUGUGCCCCUAAACUUCCUUCUGCAGCCUUUCUGUUGGUUGGGGAUGGUGUUUGUAUCCUCUAGGUAAUUGUAUAGCCUUUCACUAAUGAUAUCUGUUAGAACUUCCACAUUAUUGGUAGGCAGGUGAUAGGCCUGUAGUUACUUGCAAUAUUUCCAUUGUUCUGGUCAUUCUGUACUAAACAUGUUCUCCCUGUGGUCAUCCAUUUGAGUGCAUGGUGAUUUGUGAUACUAUGCUUGAGUUGUUCUGCUACUCGUGGAUGUAUGGCCUUGAAGUUUUUGAGACAGUAUUCAUGGACUUCAUCGAGACCUGGGGCUUUCCAGUUGGGCAUCAUUAUUAUUAUUAGUAUUAUUAUAUUAUUAUUAUGAAUAUUAUUAUUAUAACCAGAUCAUAAGUGGCUCCACAUUAAAACUCUUUGGAAGAGAAAUGUUAUUGUGAAAAAGGGAGACUAUAAAUUCCUUAUGAAAAUUACCAAAAAUAUUCAAACUAGCCAAAUUAUGAAUAAUUUAAUACAAAUAUUUGCCUUCUAGAUUAACAGCUGCACAAGUUGCUAUUUUUACAAGAACAGUACAGUAUUACUUUUGUUUAACAAUCUCUCUGAAUCCCAUUCCCAGACACUCAGAGGUGCUGAUUCAAAGAAUUUGUUUGUAAUGAGGGUCUGUUUAAAAAAGUUUCCCUGCAGGGAAAUUGAUUGAAAUAAAGAAAAAAUGACAGAAGGAUAAUGCAUAAAAAUGAAGCCUUUUGAAUGAAAAUAGUGAAUAGAAGUGAAGAGUGGCAUUCAAAUCUGAGAAGUCCCUCAGGAUGUUUGGACAUUUUAACAAUAUACUUAAAAUGAUCUUCAUCAUUAUUAUUAAUGUCUUUCUAGUCUUUCCCUGGAGAGAGUUUAAGAUCUAAUUGGUUUUCUUCACUCUUUCCUCUUGUGCACUUUCUGCUUGGAUCCUUUUGUGAUCAAAGUCCACAUAUGUGUUAAUUUUUCAUGGUCUCUACCUUCCAACCAAUCAGCGUUUGCCAAUUUUCCAAAAAAAAAAAAUAAAACAAGGAGAGAGAAAUUCAUCAUCAUCUCUAUUUGCUUCCUAUUUUAUUAAAUAAAUAUGCAUCAACAUACAUCCUCUCUGUUCAUCUACUUAAUAAGUAAUAGACAAAAAAAUUUAUCCUCAAGUUAUGAGUAAUAUCCAUAAAAAUUCUACUCUCUAAUUCUUAUUAAGUGAUAAAAUUAAUUAAUUGCAUACAUAAAAAGUUCUUCCUCUCAUAUUUGUAUUAUCUGAUGAAGUUGAUGAGUAACUUACAAAAUGUAGAACACGUAACGAACUAUUCUCUUUCGUAAAUAGAAUAUCAACUAAAUUGAUUCUAUGUUUUCCUCAUGUUUUCUCUAUUUCCUCCGGUGCUAAUCCUAUGACAUUAGCACUUGUUUUAUUAUUUAUGUAUAUAUAAGUAUUGGUUUGUUGUAUCAUAUUUCUGUUAAUGCAAGCAAUAUUUGGCACAGUGUAUCUUAAGAUAAUGUAUUUUUCAGUACGUACUUGAAUUUCUGUGUUUGAAACAUCAUAGUCAUCAUCUUCAUUAAUUAUGAAGUACUUUGUCCAGACCAUUAAUGUAAAAUAUUCAUUUAUCAUAAGACUAGCCAAAUCAUCAUCAUCUACUAUGUAAGACAAAUUGAUAUUUGCAAAAGUUGAUAUACAUAAAUAUGUAUGAGGCCAUAAUUUAAGAAAAUUCUACUCUUGUUAUAUUAUGUAUGUAACUUUAAACAAUUUUGUAAAUAUUAUUAAUUUUUUGUGUACAGUUUGUUAAAAUCUUUCUCAUUCAUGUAUUGUUUCAUUUUUUC